CACUUUAGUCAAAUCUGCUUCCUACUUGAUUAUGUAGUGCUCAACACAGCAUGGCAGAGUUAGAGGUGACUUUACUUAAUGCUAAUAGCUGCUGUUUACCAGCCUCUCGUGUCCGUAGCUGUCGGUUUGAGUAACAGGGAUUUGUCCAUGGCAAGAAUAAGGAAACUCAAGAGGCAAUGGUGAAUGAUGUGAUGGGUAGAGAACAAUCCUAACCUCAGACUCUGAAUACGCUCAGGGGCCGGUUCAUAUGGUGUUUCAAAAGAAAAGCCCUGCCAGUCUGUCUGUUCAGCAGAAUGAGAGGACAGAGGUUGUGGACAGUUCUAGACAGGCACUGCCAGCCUGCAUGUUGAUAAAGAAACAUGAAUGGACCCUGCAGAGCACAUUUGUGAAAUGGCCUUAUUUUCUAUACUUAUGGGUCAAGCUAGAAAAGUAAGGUCUGCUGGAUGGAGUCUGCUCUGCAGGAUGGUAGAAUUCAAAACGUCCCAUUUAUAAAGGCAGUUUAUAUAGGUUGCAUGAUAGUAUAUAUUUUUUUACCCUUGCUUGUUGCCAUGUCCAGAAUGUAAUACUAGCAUACUCAUUGCAAAUUGUGUAAACUGUACUAAUAAUGUACUAAAGUAAUCACAUAAAAAUGUGAUUAAUUUUUCUAGAAAACCUCAUUUGUGACAGUCUUAUCAAAUGAUGACUCAAGACAGAUAUACAGUAUUUAAAUCACAGUUGUUUCUGCUUACAUUUAUUCUUCGGAAAUGCGUUGUGAAAAACAGUAUAUUAAACUAUUCUAUAUGCUCUGAUUGUAUGCUUUACAUUUUGGCUAAUAUAGGACAUCCAUCUGUGAGUAUUCCAUGCAUACAGAAAAGUGCAGUAUACAGUUGUGAAGUAUUCUAAUCUGAGCAUAACCAUAGUCAGCCAUCAGCAGUGAGAAAAGGCCACAAUGCAAAUUUGCCAACUUCAUAAAGACUAGCUGUUAUCAAAUAUAAUGAAUGAAACCAUUAUGACGCAUUAUUCAACAAAAUCUCUGUUGAUAAUACAAUAGAUAUAUAUUAAAUAUUCAUUUAGUAUAGUGUUCUGAACACUAGCUGUACUUUUCAUGACUGUCCAGCAGGGGGAACUGUUGUUAUCAACAGAUUGGUGACAUCACAAGGUGACAUAUGCAGCUGGUUGCCAAGGAGAUUGUGUUUAGUAUGACCCCAAAGCUUUUUCAAUGGGCAUGAUUCAGCAGAAAUGAAUGGAGGAGACAGAGGCCUCAUGAAGAUGGGAAAUGGCAAAUCAGGUGGACCGAAAGAAAAAUAGAUUACGAAAUUGAAGUGCUUCUGUUUGUUUCACGCUGUUUCACAGUGCUUGAAUCUAAUAUCUUACAUUCACUGUAUUUCUAACAAUACCUAGAGAGCAGAUAUUUGAAACAACUCUCAAUUAUCUUGACAAAUCGUUGUAAUUAGAUCAGAACGGAGCAGGCCAGUGGCACACAAAUAAGUACAUGUAAACUACAUGUUGCAAAAACAUUUGAAUACAUGUGCACAGGGAUAGACAGAGGGGAAAUGGGAUGGAUUUUUUUUUUUAUAUAUAUAUACCUCGUUUAAAUAAGAAACAAUGACAUUGGGACACUAGUACAUGAAACGGAGCACGCUAAGUAUGGCAAGGUUUGGAGAAUCUGUCAACAAAAAAAAAUAUUUAAAAGAGGAAUAAAAGGCUGGAAAGAAGUGGAAAACCACUACAGAACUGUGUAAUGUUGUUUGAGUGAUGAACAAUUUAUCCUCGUCAUUGAACACUCCAAUUCAAGUUGGUCAAGUAUAAUAUAGCAUGACUCAUUUAGGGAAACAUCAUCCAAUAAUCAUUUCAGCAGAUGCACAUUAGGAGCCAUUAGGAGGAGUAUUGGAAAACCACCCCUCUAAGUGCCAUUUUUGAUGCCUACUGUACAUUUAUCUCAUACAGCCAAGAGAGACUAACUAUCCAGCCUCCCCCGCACUCAAUCUGGGGCACUUAAUUACUUCUGUUUUAAAAGCACCGCUGUAAUUUAGGCUAACUGCAGCCUUUUGGAAUUGUUUUGGAUAUCCUUAUAUUGACCUCAUAUAUUUUUGUCUAACAUCACGAUCCUGUGGGAAAAUACCAAUCAGGCUCCAAUGUAUUAUCCCAGGCUGCAUUUGUGCCAGCUGUCUCUGUCACAAAAAGACCUAAUCUGAUUGGCUAUUAUUUAUGUUAGUCACGUAAAAGGUGAGGUUGCAGCAGGGUUGUUUGGCAAGGAUUGUAGUGUGCUGAAAUCAUAUGCUUUCAAUCUGAUAGCUGUGUUCUAGUCUCUAUCUGUCAGUAAACAGAAAUGAUCUCCUUUCUCAGUUACAGUACAGGAGACUCUGGAUGCAUGACAAUUAGGUUAAAAAAAGUGGGCUCAGCUGGCUGAUUGUCAUGGUAUCAAGGAUCUGAUUGAUUUAUUACUUGUUAAUUCAUCAGCUUCCUUCACAAUUAUGCUGCUUCUGAUCACAUGACUAAAUUCCAUCACAGUGUCUUUAUUUUGUGUAGGAGUUUCAAUAGUAGACGGAUAUCUUCAUCUUUAUGCCUACAGCCUCUUAAGGUGAAGUCACGGUUUACCGCUAUUAGCCAGAUCGUGAAUUUCAUGUGAAAGUGAAAGAUUUCUUCAUGCAGAUUAUGCAGCGGGUCCAGUUGGUCAUGUGAAUUUGCCACAUUGACCAAAAGACAGCUGUUUGCCUGCAAAAUUUAAUCAAAAUUUCACUAAUGAGACUGCACAAGUACCAAAGGGUAAUAAUAGCAGCUGUGAAAUAAUAUGCAUGUUAGGGGGCAACAAUUAAAAUUUCAAGUUCAUUCUUUUCUGGCACUCUCAUGCUGCCAACCAAUUGUAGGCCAUUGGAUUGUUGUGCAUGUGUGCGUGUGUGCUGAGCUCUGAGCUCACCAGGAAUCAGAGCGAGCGAGCACGAGAGGGAGGGAGGGAUGUGCACGUGGAUAGGAGGAGAGAAAGAGAGAGAGGAGGAGGGAGAGAGGGAGGAGGAGGAAGCUAAAGCAGCAGCAGUGUAUUCUGUGAGGCUGCAGCAGACUGGAGAUGAAGCUCUUUUUUCCGCUGGUGCCUACCAGCGAGAGCAGAGGAGCUACCCAGCAACUGAGAAGAGGACACAUGCAACCUGCUAUUACUGGAGCCCCUGGCUUCCUCUCCCCCCUGCAGGCCUCUUGAAGCACCUAUACAACGACACAUAUGCUUUCAAUUUCUGAUUCGGGAUCGCUGAACCCUGCAGACACACACAUGUAAGCCACACGUUUUAAUUUGCACCCAGGUUGUGCAAAAGAGGGCGCCGUAUCAAUCGGAUCAAUUUCGCCAUGCUUGACUGAUGGAGCUACGCUUUUUUCAACGCUGGAGCAAACACUCUUCUCUCAGGCUAGCAGUUCAGCUCGUGGUUGGGGGUGUAUUCCUCUGGAUUUCCUUCUUUUCCUUAUCCAUGGUUCAACUAUCCUGCCCAGCCCUGUCCUGGCAGCGUUCUAAUUAGAUUCCACAGCCAGAGAAGCCAUCAGUAUCAGGGAGCGGCACCUUAUCAGCUUUCGCUCUUUCUCUCAUCCGCUCACCCCAAUCUAGGGAUGUACACUGCUUAGUGGCAGAACAAGGAAGACGGGAUGACUUGAAGCCAUGUCUACUUGAUAUAUGAGACUGGACUAUGUGCUUAACCACUUCCAUAACCAGCAGUGUCAGCAAGGGGAAAGUGGUUAUUGAGGUUUGCUGGCUGAAGGUGAGGUCUUCACUCAUGGUAGUCACUGUCCUCUUUAUUGACUUGAUUGUGCUGGCGUCAGUGAAUGGGAUGCCUGUUCCCGUGGCAGCAGAGGCGAGACGCUUAGUACCUAGCCCCUCCCCUUUUUUCUCUUCAAUGUCUGGAGACUUGUUUUAAUGGAGCUUGCAUGCUUGGGAGGUGAAACACACUAGCUACAGGUGUGAAGACCAAACAUCACCUUACUCAUGCUGUUUAUGCUUGGAUGAUGAUGGGAACAAAAGAUGUUAAGCUCUGUUGGGUUGUGGCUAAAUUGUAGAUGAGCUGCCUGACUCUGCACUUUUGUCCAUUAGCAGCUGAUAUGAGACCUGUUACACAGCUUUAUUGUAAACAGUUUCCCACAGGACUACCACGACUACUGCUCAACACUUUACUACCCUAUGUGAGUGCAGUGAUCAAUAAUUGAUACUAAAGGAUAUCCAGAAAGGCAGGUGUUUAUGCAUCUUACUGGACACGCACAAAUACAAGAUCAGACAUGUUUUUUUUUCCAAUUUUAGUUGCGUGCAAGCUGAUGAUUAGUGCAUCCUAAUGCAAAGAUAUUGAGCAUGUGCAUGUGUGCUCACAGGAGUACAUCUACCCAUGUCUGCAGUGCAGUUUUAUUGUGGUUCUCACCUUGAGGAAUAUCUACAGUGGAAUAGUGUGUCUUCAAAUGCCUUGACAAAUAGCUUGCUAUUUAACACACAGCCUGUGAAAUGGGCUAAAAGGCACCAACUCUUCAGUCAGCGCUGCAUCAUCUCUGCAUCAUGAGAGAGUGAAAAACAUCAAAAGCCUUGCCGUAGGAUUUUAAUAUUUUAUAAAGGACAGUAACCUAUAUACAGCAUCAUGUCCUAGAGGCUUGCUAGGACCCUAAGUGAUGUUUGCUUUAGGUUAACUGCAAUAUUGCCUAAAUUACAUAAAAAAAAGAGGAGACCAGGCAACAGGAGGAACGACUACAGUCCACACCUAAAGUUGAGACAUCAUGUCCUGGGAGAAUCUCAACAUGUACCAAACCCUGUUGUCAUGGUUAAUACCUUUUUGUCUUGAUUUUCACUUCAGAUGAGUCAUUAAUUUAACAGCAUUAAAAUUACCUUAACAGCCUCAGGCUGACUGUUUUGUGAACUGCUCUGCUCUCAUUGUGGACGUCUCUUCGUUUCUUGCUUUACUUGCUUCCUCUUUUUUUCCCUCUUGACUUCUAUUUAUUGUUACUCUAAUAUGGGGAGCUCCCUUGGUUGUGUGAAACAACCCAGGGAAACUGGACCAGGUGGUGCUGCACCAUUGUCCCCCAAAAGAAGACUUCGCUUCAGGCGAAAACGAAAGGCCAAACAGAAGUUAAGAGGUUCCGAAGGGGAAGACAAGAAAAGCCGCAUACUUGAAGAGAAAGAGGGUGGAAGCGUUGAAUUUACAGAGGAGUCUAUGUCAAAAGCCCCUGAUUCAACCAAAUUGGUAUCUGGCCAAAGAAAUACUGAAACUGAAACGCCUACCAAUGUAAUCCUGGUUCCUGGUAUGGCCCCAAUAUUUGGAAGCACAGCGACGUUGCGAGGCAGCAAGAUGGCCAUUCUUUCCCCAGAUCCCAGUCCAGCGUGGCUGGGGGCACUUCGCCAGUUUGAGGUGGAGGGACUUAGCGAAGAGUCUCAUGCUGAAUUAGAGCAGGGCAACACAACACCUGGAGGAGGAAGAGUGUGCAAGGUUCGGGAGCGAAUUCAGGGCGUAUUAGAGAGACCCUGCCUUUUACGCUCCAAACGUGGUGACCUGGAAGUAGAGGAAGAAGGGGACGUGCAUGGGUCAAGAGAACUGAUGUUCAGUGAGCCCUUGAAAAGUGAGAAGAAGGGAGUUGUUCACAUUCGUGAGUUUGGAGGGCAACUUUGUGUGGUCCGAACUGUCUAUCCAAGAGACUAUGGGUCACCUGUCUGGCGCGACAAAGAACUUGAGGUCCAUUCUGAACCUCCAGCUGCAUCUCCAGUUACUGGAGACAUUACGAAAAUACAAGUCUCUGCAACUCAAGGACGACCACCCGGAAAGAACGUCUCUGCCAAACCAGCAACAGCUGCAGCUCAGGAAAAAAAAGGGAAAGAGAUCCUAUUGGACAACUCUACUCAAGUAGCUGAAGGCUUUGGCCUCCCACCACAAGACAUUCAGUCUUCAGGUUAUGCUAGUGAUGUGCCUCUUACUUCACCCGAGACAGGAGGUGCUGUCCAGACUGACUGGGGGAGCUCCUCUGAUGUGCUUGAUUCUUCUGUGCUUGAGAGUCCCAUCUCCCCACAAGAGAAACCAGCUCAGCCUUGCAGCCAGGUUAGAUUCUUUUUUCUCUGUCUACCUAAAGCUCUUUCAUGCAGCUUUUGUAGAAUAAAAGAGAAGAGCUUAAAGCCAACAAUGCUUGGGUGUGGAUUGGGUGUAUGGUUGUUUUGCAUUUCAUUGUAUUUCUACACUACUAUCUAUCGUGUGGCUUUUUACUCUCAGCCAAUCAGUGUAAAACACAGCAGAUCCUUCCUGACCCUCUCCCAAGAGCCUAAUCAGUACUGUCCAGACCAUCUCUCACUGUCUGCCUCCUUCCCUUCCCUCCAUUCCUCAUUAUUUUCCUACCCUCAUACCACCCACUCUCUUUCCUGUCAUUCCUGAUGCUCUAUGUUCUGUUUUAGAGUGAAACUGUCUUGCAGUGCCAAAAACACGAUCACUAGUGAUGUUCACAGACACUUUGUCAGCUGUUCAUCUUUUUUCUCACUGCACCAGGGUAAGACUGCUGCAUAUUUGUGUCUGUCGCCCGCCUUCCCUCGCCCUUUUGCUCCACCUGCACACUUACAGGUGGUAGAGAGGGAUUUCAUGGCCUCGUUACAGAUGUUGCAGCAGUCUGCUAGAAGAUUUAUUGGUUUGUUAGCAGGUUUACUUGGUUUAUUCGAUGCUUAAUCCUAAGUAUGUUCAAACCAUGACUCUGCAUGGCAUUUCAGUGAUGUCCAACUGGUUAUAUUUCUGUCAAUGUUCCAGAAGUAUCUUAGAAAUGCAGCAAAAGUGUGGAAACUAAAGCCAGCAUGUACACGCCCAGAAAUAUGGAUAAAACAGUAACUGGUUGAAUGCAGUCUCAGUGAUCUCUCACUGUAAAGCAAGCUGUCUUCGUUGGAGUUCAGUACUGUGUGUGCCGCUUGCAUUCAUAUUGUCAUGAUAUUUCCCUACAUAUGAAAAAAAUAUGGAUUUGUUAUGCAUUAAUCAGGCCUACAAACUUUUGAAAUGUUUGUUAUCUUCAUUUUUGUUUUCCUGUCUUUCAAUUACAUGACAUUUACAUAUUUUUAAUAUUUGUUGAUCUGGUGGAUUUGCUGAUUAGCAUUUUUUUGUUUGGUUUUUCUUUUUCUUUUUUCUUUUUUUUCUUUUUUUUUUUGUAAUGUUAUUUGUCUUAUGUUGUCUUGUUAUUUUGUGCUAAGCUAUUAUUUUUAUUUUGUUUAAUUUCUCAUAUGUCGCUUUUCUGAUUUUCUUUACUCAUACCAUUCUCAAAUACCCUUUUACUUUGCUGAUUGUAGCCCUUCCUCCACUAUCCCUUAUGCCCACACUACUUUAAAGUGUUAAAUUGCACAAUGGUGUGUGUGUGUUCAUCUUCCGGUAACUUGCUUCGGUAACAAAUUGGACUAUUUGAAGAGUGCAGCUCAUCACAAAGCAUGACUGUCCUUACUCUUUAAUAAGGUCGCAUACUCAGUCAUUUGCACUCUGAUGGAAAUACCACCAUGUCACAUUAUGACCUGUCCACUGUAUUUAUGACGUGUACAGCAUGUCAUCAAACCCAAUUUAAUCUAUACUGUCCUGGUAGAUUCUUCUUGAGACUAAUUUGACUCAAGUGGUCUUGUCUGGCAAAUAUGUUUGAUGGUGAUACCAAAAGAAGAGGCAAUGUUUGGGUGCAUUUUUAUGGCUCAGAGCCUGGUUGAUUGGACUAGCGUUAGAAAUCUGUCUGACCUCACCUUCUAAAUCACCUUUUAGAGUAAGAGGCUCAGGCUAGGACAGUUACUGUUCUAUUUCUGUAUGUCACCAAAUUUGACCAUGCUAAUCUUGGCCUGCAUUGACUUACAUGACUUGAAGAUCUGUGAUUUACUCUUAAGUUUGUCUGUUCUCUCAGAACUGUCUGCAUUUAGUCCAGGAUUUAAAGUGUCCUUGCUAGCUCCGCAAGAAAAGAAGCAGGCAGGGAUGCGAAGAGUAGCAUACGAGAGGAAUGACAAAGGAAUACAGAUUAGAGCCUGGCACAGACAGAUACUGCGGAUACUGACUCCCUUUGUCAAGAAGAUGAGGGAGUAAAAGUAGAGUAAUAAGAUAAGUGAAAGGUUCAUGGCCUAGCUGCGGGUCAUUUGGGCCUUGGGGCCAGAGAUACAGAGGCUAGUCCUAAAAAUAUACAUUUGCAGACAAGUGAUGCUCGACCUUUUUAGUAGAAGUAUGAGAUCAUUUCCUCUUUACACAGUUAAAUCAUUUAAUGAUGUGCAGAUACAAUACCAGAUCUUUCUCUU